AUGAUACAGUGUGGCAGGUGUCAGGCUGUUAUCGAGUAUGACACUCAGACCGACUGGCCCACGGUCAGCCUCCUUGUCAACGAGCACUUGGGCACCUGUCCAGCCAAACUCAACUUCCAUGGGCCCGCCCCAUCUCACCCUCCUUCCGAAACAUAUGACACACAGAACGCGCCAAGUCAUAACUUUGUUGGGAAAAUGGAUGCCAAUGACAACAGGCCCGAUAAUCGAUUCAUCGCGGGCUGUCACGAGCGGCAGAGGAAAAGCGAGGGUCAGCGGAAACAGGAGCUCGAAGAUGACGAGUACACUUACAGUGUAUGCCCUACAUCCGUCAGGUGCCGUGGAUGUGAGAAGGAGAUCAGUUUGGACAAGCGCUCCAGAUACUAUCCUGGACUUUGGACCAAACACAGAGAGAAAUGUCGAGGAAUCCAAAGGAUCGAGGUAAGUUAA